AUGCCUGUCUCACAUCUAACCCUGACGGUUGCCCACCUGCCUACCUCCACAUCAUUCUUCCUUUCUUGUCUACAGCCUCUGGGGUACCAAUUCAUUGGGCGCCAUGAUGACUACAUUGGCUUCGGUCAAAAGACCGGCGAACCCGCAGACUUCUGGAUCACCGAGCAAAAACCAGGCGUUCCUGCGGGUGCCGCUCAUGUUGCCUUUCCCGCAACCUCCAAGGACGCUGUGAGCGCCUUCUUCAUCAAUGCCCUAAAGUCGGGUGGUAAAAUCCAUGGCGAGCCCAAGCAGCGCGACUCAGACUCCGGCUACUACAGCGCAGCCGUCAUUGACUUCGAUGGCAACAGCAUCGAGGCAGUAUACCGCCCUAGCAUCUCCUCGGCCCGGUCAGAGGUCAAAUCAGAGGUCCGGUCCGUGGCCAAGUCUGAGGUCAAGUCUGAGCUCACCCGGCCGGCCCUGGCGUUGCUCGAGAACGGCUCGGUUGUGUCGAAGGCGAGCACCAAAGUCAGCUCCGUCAGGCCUGAGAGCGUUGCGCCCCCCAGGUCUGAAGCCCGCUCGUAUGCUUCAAAGGCCACGACUGCCGUCGAGAGACUGCCUCCCCCGUCGGAGCGCGCCCCGUCUGUUGUCAGUCGUGAUAUCCAGCAGGCUCCCACGGUGAUCACCCGCGAGAUCCAGCCGGCCCCAUCGCCCACCUAUAUCGUUCACCACACCACUCACACUACCACCCAGAAGGCUGACGACGGCAAGACGGCCAAAACCAUUGUCGGCACCCUGAUUGGUGCUGCUGCGGGCGCUGCACUCGCUUAUGCAAUGACCAAAUCCGACUCCACGGAAGCAUCUGAGACCACGCCGCCCCCGUCGUAUUCUCCUCGCGACAUCGCGCAGUUGCUCUCCCCGUCUCAAGCACCAUCCCAGGCCCAGGACGAAUAUCCCGGCUUCAGGGCCAUCGAGGCUCCCCCUCCGCGGAGCGUGUAUUCUUCGCGAUCCGACGCCCGUCCCAGUCUUACUCGCAGUGUCACCUCGAAGAACCCUCGCGCCAGCACCAUCUACGAGGGCACCGAAUUCGUCCCCCGGGGCAGUGGCGGCAGCGUCUAUCUCGACGAGAACGGCCGCCGGGCAUCCGAUGGAAGCGUGUACACCACCAAGGAUAUCCCCUUGCGGGCGAUCGAGUACGCCCCGCCGGCCGAUCCCCGCGGCUACCAAAACACCCUGGUCAGCAGCUUCCACGACAAAUCGCGGGCGAUGGACGGGGCGAGUGUGUAUUCGUCCUCUACAGUCCGUUCUCCCUCCAAGGCCAACUACCAAGAGUCUCACCAUAGCUCUCAUCACUCAUCCCACCACUCUUCCUACCACUCCGUGACCCGUUCCCAGGCCGGCAGCACUGCCUCUUCCAACCGCACUGCCCGCCAGGCCCCUGUCCCGGAGGGUUCUAUCGCCUCCUUCAACUCCUACCGCAGCGCUACCAAAUCCGGUGUCUCGGCUCGCCAGGUUCCUCUUCCCGAGAGUGUCGUUGAUCUCGAUGUCCAAAGCCAUGUCACCCCCGACGAUUCGAUCAGUCAAGUGGACGACUCCCGGCGGUCCUCCUACUCCCAUCGGUCGCAUGCUUCGAAGCCUGCCUCCCGAGUGUCCAAGCACUCGAAGUUUGACGACCCCGUCAAGCCCAGCGACAGCGUCAGCCAAGUUUCUACCAACGUCUCCAAGGCCUCUCAGCGGACCAUGAAAGCCGGUGGUGAUGGCAGCGGCGGCAGCAUCGCUCCCUCCAAGGCAGCCUCGAAAGUCAGUCGCAGAACUACCAGCCAGGUAGCCUAG